UGUCGGAAGAGGAACAGGAAGUGAAGUCACCUCUGCGGCUGUGUGAGUUAGCGCCAUAGGUUAGCUCGAGUCCAAGCGACUCUUUUGAUUAAAGUUGAGUAAUUAAAGGGACUUCAUGGUUGAUUAAAGUCCGUGUUGGUUCAGAAGCAGCGCUGCGUGGAUCUUCUGCUGAUAUUACAGUAGUGUCUGUGAGUACCGUUAAUGUAGUAUUACCGCGGUAUAUCACUGAUAUCGCUCUGAUUCACGCAGCUCUCUGGAAAUAUCCUUUAAACAUCGAGGAACUGGCUCAUGUUUGUUUGACAUUCAUUCCUUUUUUAUUCAAUUUUAUUCAAAAGAAGAGGAUCAAAGUCACUUGUAAUAAAUGCCAGAGACUGCUGAGGACUGAAAGCAUGGAGCGCAGCUGAACGAACACAUCCACAGAGUCAUGUCUCUGCCGGAGGAAGCAGGGGAUCGUGGGAAGGAGCGGGAGCGCGGCGCGCGGCCCAAAGUGCGUCAGAGCCGCUCUGAGGAGAGACGAGACGGAGGGAGGCGGAAGAGCAGGACAGGAAAGAAGAAGAGCCACCCGUCGCAUGACCUGACCUCGGAGCGGCCCUUGAGCGACGGCUUCCAGUACGGAGAUCUGCUGGAGUCCAGCUCGUCCUCUCAGGUCCUGGGAUCGUCCGGAUCCCUGCUGUCCGAACCGGUCUCUACCAAACACUCCCUCGGCUCUGACUCCAGGAGCAGCAGGACGCUCCGCCAGAAGAUCCAGGACGCAGUGGGCCAGUGUUUCCCCAUCAAGACCCAGAGCCAGGUCCUGUCCCCCUCGCCGUCCUCCAGGCGUAAGAUCCUCCUCAGCGAGCUCAUGCUGGACAGCUGUCCGUUCCCUGCCGGCUCGGACCUGGCGCAGAAGUGGUACCUUAUCAAACAGCACACAGCUCCCAUCUCUCAAGCUCCGGUUCUAGACUCCCGACCCACGCUUGCUGUGGAGGACGAGGACGACCGCUUACGAGAGAGACGCCGGAUUAGCAUCGAGCAGGGAGUCGAACCUCCACCCAACGCUCAGAUACACACCUUCGAAGUGACGGCGCAAAUCAACCCGCUGUACAAGCUCGGACCCAAACUAGCUCCCGGGAUGAAUGAGUUAGCCGGAGACGAGCGUGCGACGCUGCUCCUGCAGAGCUGUUUGGAGACGCUGGAUGAGGUCACUGCGUCCAGCACACCGUCUGACCCGGACUCGACCGCUGCGUCUCCGUCCUCACGCUCCCUCACCACCGCGCCUGUAGUUCAGCCGGACAGUCCCAAAUCACUCGACGGAUUCCAUCGCAUCCACACACAGAUCGACUACAUCCACUGUCUAGUCCCUGAUCUGCUUCGGAUCACUAACCUGCCGUGCUACUGGGGCGUCAUGGACCGAUACCAAGCCGAAACACUGCUGGAAGGUAAACCCGAAGGAACGUUCCUCCUGCGUGACUCUGCUCAGGAAGACUACCUGUUCUCGGUCAGCUUCCGGAGGUACGGACGCUCGCUGCAUGCACGCAUCGAGCAGUGGAACCAUAACUUCAGCUUCGACGUGCACGACCCCAGUGUGUUCCACGCUCCCACCGUCACCGGCCUGCUGGAGCACUAUAAAGACCCCAACUCCUGCAUGUUCUUCGAGCCGCUGCUGUCGAACCCCAUCCACCGCUCGCAGCCCUUCAGCCUGCAGCGCAUCUGCCGCGCCGUCAUCAGCAGCAGAACCUCGUACGACGGCAUCAGCGCUCUGCCGCUGCCCAGCGCUCUGAAGGAGCACCUGAAGGAGUACCACUACAAGCAGCGCGUGCGCAUCCGCAGACUGGACACCUGCUGGGACUGACCGACUGACCACACGUGCCCUGAUAGAACCACACCAGUGCCUUCCCCACGCUACUCACUGUGAGCGCUGAACGCUGUUAGCUCUUCGUUAUGACAAUUAACUGAGUAACACUGAAUCUGUAUUCUGUAUUUAUCAUCGUUCUCAAGACGAGGGAGUUAAGACCUGUUCAGGCCGAGAACUAUAACUGUAACAAUGAUUAUAACACUGACUAGGGCUGCACAAUUACGCAAUCGUUCGAAGUCCUCUCCUGUUAUUCUGCGUCCUUCUCUUUCCAUAUGUUAUCUUAAGGUUUUGUCAUUGUUUUAAUUUUUAGUUUUAGUAUAACAUUAUAACACCAUUCAUAUUUUUAUUUUUUUUAUGAUUUAAAGAAACCAAUUCGAUGUAUGGUUGACAUUCGAGGGUUAAAACUGUAGAAACGUACAAAGUUUUUCAGCUUCUUUAUUUUCAUAUAAGAAUAAGGCAUGCAGUUGCAUCAAACAAUGGUAUAAACAUCAUUUAGUGUAAAUUGUUAUAUGCGUAAUUAACAAUCGCAAUUACAAUUUCAAGGGAAUAAUCAACAGUUAUGAUCUUUGCAAUAAUUGUGCUGCCCUACACUGACUAUAACGAUGACGUAACCCUUACGCUGACCAUUGAAUGUCCAUUUUUAAACCAUAUUAGGUGUCAUUUUUAUCCAGAACUUA